CGGAUCUGCGAGCCUGGAACUUAUUGCGUCGACGGCAAGAAGUAUCUGUGUCCUGCAGGUCGGUACGGCACAUCCGGUGAGACGUCGCCGCUCUGCACAGGCUUGUGCACGCGAGGAUAUUACUGUCCCAAAGGCAGCACGUCUCCAACAGAGCGCGAGUGCGGCGCAGACGGAUUGAUCUGUCGGACCGGAUCGCCCGAGCCGCAGCCCAUCCAGGUGGGCUACUACUCCAUCGGCGUCACCAACACCACCCGAUUCUUCCAGACACCGUGUGAGCCUGGGUACUUCUGCAUCGAUGGCAUCAAGUACCAGUGCCCUGCCGGCACAUACGGCGCUACCAGUGGCCUCAGCACAGCCGCGUGCUCUGGGCUGUGCGCUCCAGGAUUCUAUUGCCCGUCGUACCCGAAUCCGCCGAGUAUCUCGCGCACGCAGAACGAAUGCGGCAACAGCUCUGUCUAUUGUCCGGAAGGCACAGGCAACGAGCCCGAGUUCGUGAAGAGCGGAUACUACAGCGUCCUGACCACUGGAAUGGCCGACGAUGGUCGCAACGCCACUCAAAACGACGUGAAGAUCUGUCCGAAAGGCUUCUACUGCCGUCAGGGAAUCCGCAUUCGCUGUCCUGAAGGAACCUACGGCGACGUCGAAGGCCUCAGCGCAGUGUCCUGCAGUGGCUGGUGUCCUGCAGGCUACUACUGCCCGUUCGCCACGAUUGACUACCGCUUGAACCCCUGUCUUCCAGGAACGUACGCGACGAAAGGAGCUGCAGUCUGCAUGCCGUGUCCAGCCAGCUCGCAGAGUCGAGCGUCGGUGCUCAAGACGUUCCAGCUACUGCCGCCAGAACAGGCCGAGAAGCCGCCAUGCACCACACACCGCGAAUGCUGCUUCUUCGGCUGA